UCUUGUGAUGUCAGGUGUCAGUGAACAAGGGGUGGUGUUAUAAAUAAGCUAUUUAAAAAGAGCCCAAUAACAGAAGCCAAAUGGCUGCAUCUUCUACCCAUUUUAUUAAGCUGUGUCACACUUCACUUCCAUUUGUACAAUAGGUGUUCUGAAGCAAUUUCUUGUGUACUAGAGAUAAUUGGGUCUUCGUUUCAUUGCAGUUAGUGGGUUACUUUCAGGAAAAGGCAGUUUUUCAGUUUGUCUUCAGGGUGUACAUCUGUCAUAACUCUGCUUUCUUCCCAUUCUGUCUCUGCAGCUGUUCAGUGCAGUUUGUUACAGUGACACCCGUUAACAUGGUUACAGUUAAUUGUCUGUCAGAGUUUGAAUUAUACACUCUUUUACCCAGGGGUUUAUGCAGCCCUUGAAAAUACUUCACUAAGAAUUGUGCUGUGGAAAACCUUUGACCUGAGGAUGUAGAUUUUCCCACGUAUAAUUUUUUUUUUACAAUCUGGUUCUGCUUAGCUAUUUGCAUAACAAGGACUGACACACUUUACAUCUUUCUCUUUGAUUGCCUCUCUACUUGAGGUCAAACUGAGUGAAGAUCUAUGUGGGGCUCUUAACUGUGCACAUGGUAUCUGGCACAUGGAGGUGUGUGUGUGCAUGCUGUUGUUCCAGUUUCAUGGGGUAGUGUCUGGAUUUCUGCUCUUUGCAUUUUUUACACUCUUAUCAGUGCAACUCCUGGGACUCCGGUGUGGGAGAAAAAAGGAAAGGUCACUGGACAUCAAUGUCCAGUGGGGUCUUAGAGUUUUGUUGAUAAUUUAUCUCUUGGAGAGGUAAGGAUGGAGUAGCAUGGUAAUGACACUGCUAAAAAUAGUGAAUUUGCUGUGCUGUGUCAGGGUGCUGAGUCUAACCCAUUGCACUGCAUCUGGCAUCAAAUACUGGGAAGUGGACAGCCAAGUCUCUAUGCCUACCUGCAUCUGGUUAUUUGUAUAGAUUGAGGUGUUUGUUGCCCAGCUCCACAAGGAUAUGUAAAUUCAAAUGCUGUUGUGUGGCCUGACAUUGAUUAUAUUGGAUUAUUGGCCAGUCAUUUCAUUUGAGCAGCAUUUACAAGUGUUUUGAAAAAGGCCUCCCACACUCUCCAAAAUACAGAAGUCGGUUUCAGGUGGUGUAAUUUUGCCUUCAAAAACAAUUUGAGCAAAGGCACCAUGGAAAUCCAGAGUUACAUUCUUAGGUUUAAAGUUUGUAUCUAAUCAUUGAGCAAAACUUAGAGCUUAACUUGCGGAGCAAGCACGAUUAAAAAGGAUGGAAAAGCAACUGGUGAUGUGUUUCUGUAAAGCAGAGCAGCACCUUCAGCCUCUGGAGCAGCAGAGUAGGGCAUGCUGUAAGCUAUGCUUGGCCUCACCAGUGCUGCCCUGGUGUGGCCAGCUCAUCUGAGGGUGGCUGGGGACUAAAAAAGGCAUGGUCUGUGUCCCCUUGGUGCAUUUAUCAUGGUGGUGUGACUGCAUGAAGUGCUCUUGGAUGCUUUGCUGCCUGUGGAAUUGGAGUAACGUUGCCAGCAGAAUCGUGGCUGUUUCUCAAAAGCUGUGUUUGGCUGAAAGCUGGCAUUAGCCUGAGCCCAGUUUGGUUCCUCCCCAAUAAAUUGGUGGAUGUUACACUGGAGUGUCAGGAGAAAACAUGAUCAGCAUGCUGUGUUUUGGUCUGACUGAUUUCUGAAAGGAUGCUUUUAACAAAAAGGAACAAUCCUCUUUCGAGGAAAUGAAACUGAAAGUUUAUAUAUAAGAGUUGUUGAAUUAUUAGGAAUUCACAGGAGUCACUGGAAACUGAUACAGGGUGUGGCUUGGUGAGGCAGCCUUUGUCAGCUUAGGGUUGUUGGCUGCAGCAGCUUUUGGAGUGCUGGGCUUUCCCUUUAGGUGAACAGUGUGUUAGGCAAACACCCUUGUGGGCUGGUGUAAGAAUUUGGGAAAAACAGAAAUGUUUGAUGGAAGAUCCAGGGUUCACCCACAAACACUGCUUGGCUGACUGUGUCCUCUCUUCAGAGAAAGACACAUUCAUCCUUUUGUUCAUUCUCAGAAGGGGUUUGGGAGCUCGUUCUGUGGCCUGGGUGGCUGCAGUGGAUUUUUGUGGGAACUUCAGGGCCGGACAGCAAUUAUGUGAUUGCAGGCACUUAGGAAUUGAGCUCAGUCAUCUGGGUGUCUCUUCCUGCCCUGCAAGUGUUGCAGGCUGGGGUGCAUAGCUUUGGCUCCUGGUAUUAAAGCUGGCCUCAAAUGUUUUGCUGGUUUUAUGCUUACAUGGGAAUUCUCUUUGCUUACAGGCAUAGUGAUCCUGGUCUCUGCCUGCUGGAACAGGGCAAAAACUUGCAGCAUCAGUCUGCAUCUAACUCACUAUCCAUAACCCAUGUUUGUUUUUAAUGUGCACUUUUUAACAUGUUUCUUGUGUGACUUUGAGUCACCACCCCCUGACAGAAACCAGUAGCAUUUCAAUCUGCAUGGCUGUAAAUCUUGCUAGCUGUUCCAGUGUUACCUCUAGAACAUGUGUUAGAUAUGAACAUCUGCUGGUAGCAGUUUAAAAUUAUUUUAGAGAUGGAAAAAAAGCUGUUCUUCUAAUGACUGAAGUUCCAGGGGGUUAAUCUUACGAGGUUUGAGUCUUGCUCUAAGAAGUCAAAUGCUGUUUUUUCAUCUGUGAUUUAGCUCCCUGUAAACUGAGGUUAGGCUCAAAGAUGGGAAAAUGAGAUCUCUAAGUUUAAUUUUUUUUUCCCCACAAAGAUCUAUAAAACAAUCUCCCAGGAGCUUCAUCAAAUGGGAUAUUUCUUUUAAUGAUACUAUUGAGAACACAGGCUUUUCAGUGUGGCCAACUUGAGAUGCCUGACUAGAGUGGACAAGGAAAUUAGCUGCCUUAUCCAAUACUCUGUGCUCAGGAAAGUGGCUUCUGCUCUGGAUUAUUUCCUGAAAAGCUCUGGAGAGUGCUUAAACUGUGGGAGGUGUGAUUACCAGUCUUUCCUUUAAACAGCAACCAAAAAGGAGAUGUUGGGUUUGUUUUUUAAAGACACGUGGUAGGAAGAAGAAGGUUCUGUCUCUUUCCUUAUUUUUUUUUGAAUUUGCAGAAAGUAUGUUAGGAGAAGAUCAACUCAAAAUACGCUUGUCCAGAAAGAUGUAAAGGAGCAGAACUCCAAAUUUUCUUGUUUGUUGCAAGUUCACAGGUAGAAGCAAAGGAAUAUUUUGGCAUCUGAUCUCCAAAUCUGUGUGCAGAGGUGGGUAUGAGGGAUUUGCUGUUAGCAGAGUGCCUGGACCUUGCUGAUACCAGGAUUGAUACAUGGCUGCCUGCUGUUUCCCGGGGAGAUCAUGAAACGACAUCGGCUUCCUAGCAGCAGUGAGGACUCUGACGACAAUGGCAGUCUGUCUACCUGGUCCCAGCAUUCCAGAUCUCAGCGUCGCAGGACUUCGUGCUCCAGAGAUGAAGACCGAAAACCUUCUGAGGUGUUCAGAACGGACCUGAUCACUGCCAUGAAGUUACAUGACUCCUUCCAGCUGAACCCUGAUGAAUACUAUGUGCUGGCAGAUCCCUGGAGGCAGGAGUGGGAAAAGGGAGUUCAGGUGCCAGUUAGCCCAGGGACCAUCCCAGAACCAGUAGCCAGAGUGGUGUCUGAGACAAAAGCCGUCACCUUCACGCGGCCCAGGAAGUUCAUCGUGUCCUCGGGCGCGGAGCCGCCGGAGCUGGGUUACGUGGACAUCCGGACCCUGGCGGACAGCGUGUGCCGCUACGACCUCAACGACGUGGACGUGGCAUGGCUGCAGCUGGCCAAUGAGGAGUUCAAAGAAAUGGGGAUGCUGGAGCUGGAUGAGUACACCAUGGAAAGGGUGAUGGAGGAGUUUGAGCAGCGCUGCUACGAUAACAUGAGCCACGCCAUCGAGACAGAGGAAGGGCUGGGCAUCGAAUACGACGAGGACGUUGUCUGUGACGUCUGCCAGUCUCCAGAUGGAGAGGACGGCAAUGAAAUGGUGUUCUGUGACAAAUGCAAUAUCUGUGUGCACCAGGCGUGCUACGGGAUCCUGAAGGUGCCCGAGGGCAGCUGGCUGUGCCGGACCUGCGCGCUGGGCGUCCGGCCCAAGUGCCUGCUGUGCCCCAAGAAGGGCGGCGCCAUGAAGCCCACCCGCAGUGGCACCAAGUGGGUGCACGUCAGCUGUGCUCUCUGGAUCCCAGAGGUGAGCAUCGGAAGCCCCGAAAAAAUGGAACCCAUCACAAAAGUUUCCCACAUUCCCAGCAGUAGGUGGGCACUGGUGUGCAGCCUUUGUAAUGAAAAAGUUGGAGCUUCUAUACAGUGUUCAGUGAAGAACUGCAGAACAGCCUUUCACGUCACCUGCGCCUUCGACCGCGGCUUGGAGAUGAAGACCAUCCUGGCAGAGAACGACGAGGUGAAGUUCAAGUCCUACUGUCCCAAGCACAGCUCCACCAAGAAAGCGGACGCUGAGACUUUGAGUGAAAGCCCAGCUCAGGAGAACAGGAAUGGGAUUCAGGACACCUCCCUUCCUGCCCACAUGGACCCUUUCCACAGCAUGGAUCAAAACCAGGAGGAGGCCCACAGGGUCAGCCUCCGCAAGCAGAAGCUCCAGCAGCUGGAGGACGAGUUCUACACCUUCGUUGAGUCUUUGGAAGUGGCCAGAGUGCUGCGGCUGCCUGAGGAGCCCGUGGAAUUCCUUUACCAGUACUGGAAACUGAAGAGGAAAUCCAAUUUCAAUAAGCCUUUGAUUACCCCAAAGAAGGAUGAGGAGGACAAUCUGGCUAAACGGGAGCAGGAUGUUCUGUUCAGGAGGCUGCAGCUCUUCACACACCUCCGGCAGGACCUGGAGCGGGUGCGUAACCUCACUUACAUGGUGACGCGGAGAGAAAAAAUCAAGAGAUCUGUUUGCAAAGUUCAGGAACAGAUAUUCAACAGCUACACAAAGCAGUUGGAACAAGAAAGAGUUUCAGGUGUGCCUUCCUCACUCUCCUCCAUGGAAAGCACGGUGCUGUUCAACAGCCCGUCGCUGGGCCCCGACGCCCCCAAGAUCGAGGACCUGAAGUGGCAUUCUGCGUUCUUCAGGAAGCAGAUGGGCACUUCUCUGGCCCACUCCUUGAAGAAACCCCACAAGAGGGACAGGGUAAGAGACAGGUCUGGGAACGACAGCAAAUCCCUGCUGGGACAGCCCAGCCCUAGGGAAGGAGGGGCAGCUCCAGGCAGCUUUUUCAGUUUUGACAAGCCCUUGGCCGAGACGCGGAUCGCGUCGGCGCAGCAGAAGAACGGCGUCGUUCUAGCAGAGCACAGGAAGAGAAGGGACAAUCGCCCACAGUGCGAGGGGACGAAGGCAGAGCUGAAGGAAAAGACUUCUAAACACAACCACAAACCCCUGAGACCCACAGAACUCUCUCAGAGGCAACUGGAAAACAAAAGGGCUGUCAACCACUCCGGUGGGAGGUCAGCAGCGCCUGGCACUCGGAGGGAUAUAGUGCCUAAAUGUAACGGGGGUCUGGUCAAAGUGAACUCUAAUCAGACAGUAGUUAAAGUGCCUACCACGCCCACGAGCCCGGGGAAAAACUGGGGCGGAUUCCGAAUUCCAAAGAAGGGGGAGAGGCAGCAGCAGGGGGAGAGCCUGGAGGAGGCCUGCCGCCAGAACUCGGGCUACCCCUACCUGGGCGUGGGCAGAGUUGCAGCCAAGGAGAGGACAAAGAGCAAGUUAAAGCCUGACAGUGAGAACGAUGGCUACGUCCCCGAUGCUGAAAUGAGCGACUCGGAGCCAGAAGUGGCUGAGAAGAAGUGCAGGCAGCAGAGGCUCAGCCCCAGCAGCAGCAUCGGCAGGAGGACGGACAUUAUCCGGAGGAGCAUCCUGGCCACCUGACUGGACGCGGGGAUGGGGUCACCAGAGUCACACUGCCUACAAGCCAACUCCACCUUACCCAUCCGUGUGAGAGAGGAGCAUUCUUAGAGCUACAGACUGACAAAAUGAAAGCCCAUUUUUCUGAGUUGUAUGUUUACAUGCACUUAAAGCUGUUUUAAGCUCUUUGAUUUUGUUUUGGUUUUUUUUUUUUUUUUCUUUCUGCCCCAUCCACACCCCCUCAUCCUCCCCAUUUCUGUGAGAAGGCUGAAUCUCCCUUAUGUGCAACUUUCUUGAGUAAGCAGGAGAGCGACAUUGCUACUAAAACAGGAGUUGGGAUGCACACAACUCAAAAAAAAAUGUUUUAUAAGGGGCUGGGGGAGGGCAGGAGGAAUCAGGCUGCGUUCAUCCCUUCUAGCUAAAAGGCACUGAAAAUUUUACUCCCUCGCCCUGACUUCUGGAAAAGCACAAGCUCUUAAUUUAACUCGUGUGUAUUGAAUGGAAGAUGGUGGUUAGACCAUCCUGCACUGCACUGGUAAGUCCCAUGACAAAUGCUCCCCAUCCCUGGGCAGGGGCUGCUCUCUCUCCUCUCUUUGCAGAAUGUGUUCUGUUGUGUUCAGUUUGAGCACAGGUGGCAGCUCAAACCCCUCCCUAUGCUCCAGAGUUUACAUGUCAAUGAUGACCAGGCACAGCCAGAUGUUGCACUGGAGGAGGAGGAGAAAGGGACAGGGCAGGGCUUGAGAGAUGGGGACUGACACAAAGGAUGUUCCCAAAUGGCUCAGUUCUGAGCAAGGGACAGCUUUGGGGGUUCCAGCACUCCGUGGAAUAACCUGUCACCCAUGGUCAGGCACCUGCCUUCAGGAGUGCGAUGACAAUUCCAGACAGAAGUUUUCUAUGGCACUAGUUAGGAGGAUUUCCCAAAGGCCACCACAGAUGCACUAAUGAUAUGUACUGGGAGAGUCAGGCUUAUGACACUAAAAGGUUGCUUUAAAUGGACACAAAUAUAUAUUUUUAAAUAGGAUAAAACAGAAAGGCAAUACGUUGUGAUUAGCUCUUUACAGUCAAGCAAAGAAAAAACUAUUUCGUUCUAUGAUGGAUUAGAUUUGAUGGAAAAGGGAACUUGUAUUCUGACUGUGUACUUUUUUAAUAAUUGCAAGUGGCAAUAAUGAGUAAGCUGUGAGCAAUAAUCUGAACAGGUUGUGAGGAUACUGUUUUGUACUGAGUGCACACACUGCAGUGGAGCAGUAAGAGCCUGUCCAUUUUGGAAUUUUUCAUAGAUGUAGGAGAGGUACGUACUGGUGAAAAAGUAGCAGCAGCAAUGUGUUAAAGACAGGCAUAAAGACAGGCAUCCUUCUCCUCCCCUUUCCCACUCCCAGCCUGCUGUUAUGGCAUCCACUCACCUUGGAAUGCCUGACCCUUGCCUCCCGAGGAGGGAACACUGACAACACAGAAUUCCUCUGCCACAGGACUGAGUAAAAAAGAAAGUAAAAAAGGCUUAACACCCUAUCUUGCUAUGCAAGUUAAUGUUACCAAUUAAAUAUUUCACCAGAAUGCAUCCCUGUUUUAAAACUCAUAAGUCUUAACCUUUUGAGGAAGGGGAAUUUAAUGUAAGAUAAUACAGUUUCAAAAUCCUGUUGCUGGUCCCAAGUCCCAAGAAUAAAUACAUGAUUUACAGAGGUGAAAGUCAGGCAGGGCACUGGUGACUGAGGUUACAUAGCCACUCUUGGGAUGUCUUCAAAAUAUAAACAGCAGACAGACAAAAGGUAAAAGCCAGUAAGUUCUACUGAACAUCCAGCAACGUUCUCCAGACAGGCACUGGUAUUUUCUGUAAGGAAGAAGCUCAUGACCACACAGGAAUUGUCAAGCCAUAGAUGGAAUACCCUAAAUUUGGAUUCUGAGCAAACCUUUAACCUCACCCCCCUUGGACAGAGGUACCUUGUUAAUUUGCACUAUAUGAUGAACACUUGUGUUGUGCAGAGUGAAUGCCUUAGCUGCUUUGUCCCCUGGCACUGAGGGCAGGAAGCUUUGUGAGGUUUCCAGUGGAGCUGACCCCAAACCAAAAAGGCUGUGGUACGACCAGCUCUGUAGGUUCGUUUUGUCCCUGUGCUUAGCCCUCAGCAGGAGGUGCUGCAGGUACUGCAGUGACAAACCCACCCCUGGGAUUUACUGGGAUUUGCUGGAUUUCUGUUUCCAAGUGUGACCUUUCCUUGUGCUGACUGACCAAGAGAUCUUUGAUAUGAUCCGUGUGUUCUGUCCAACCGUAGGCUAGUUGAAUGUCUGUAGAGUUGCCUGGAAUGCCAUUUGUUAGGUUAUAAACUCACACAGAUCUAAAAUGAAGGGUUCAUGUUGUGUACAGAUCUUGAUUUCAGAAGUUUGAGACAAUUGUGAUGACAUUUGUAAAACUUGUACAGAUUUUUCACUAUGUGCCUAGCUUUGGUGUCCAUUCAGCUGAAAUUAAUUAAAAAAAAAAGGUGCAUGAAGAGAAACAGAAAUAAAAAAGUAUAUGUAGAGAUGACUAUUUUAUAUUACAUGGCCCAAUCCUGUAUUUAUUUUCUCCCUUUUUUGAAGUAUUUCUAAAGACCUAGUUGAAACAGCUGUAUUUUUUGUUAAAAUAUUCCGUAGAAUUGUGCCUUUUGUCUGUAUGUGAAUAAAUGCUGUACAUUUUUGCAGUAUCCUUGCCA